UUUGUGCCAGUGUCAGUAUGUCUCUAUAAUGGCUGAAUAUACAGUAGGUUUUGUUUGAACUGUGAUUUCUUUAAAUUACUGUAAUCAUGGAUGGAUUAUGUUUCACAGCAAUGGGUGUGAUUGUGAAUCUUCCCCUAAACCUCCUCAUAUUGUCUCCAGACAAUAAAAACAUUCAACCGGAGCAGCACCACCCUCUACCUUCCUAUCUGGACUACAAAUCCAACAGUUCCGUCAAGGCCUACCAGACCAGCUACUUCCCCAGCCACUGCACAGAGGGACCAGACAGCGGGACCCAGAGCUUUGAGAUCAGCCUGGGUACGGGCAUGGACACCCUCGGGGGGGCCUGUGACCACCUACAGGCCCAGAACAGGGAGCAGGACCCAGACACACACAGAGACCACAACCCUUUCUAUGAUGGCCCACUCAAACCCAAAACUUCAUACAGGCUCAGUGUGCGUGCGUUCACCCAGCUCUUUGACCAGGAGCAGAGCAGAUACACCCCGCCCCUCUACACAGACACUUACCUGUCCCUUCCCCUGGUCACAGAAGCAGAGCCCCUGAGCGGUGUGAUCGAGGGCAUCAGUGCCGGCAUGUUCCUCAUUGCCAUGGUGGUGGGAGUCACUGCACUACUCAUCUGCAGACAGAAUGCUCGCAAAGUUAGUGUGCAGGAGCGGCGGGUGGUCCGAAUGAGUAUGAGGAGAGAGAGGCCCAGCUCAGGAGUGCACAUGGGCGUCAGGGGUAACCGUCGUAUUUCAAGCCCCAUCAAGAUCAUGCACUUUGAGUCCCAUUACACCAAACUCCAGGCUGACUCCAAUUAUCUACUGUCUGAGGAGUACGAGGACCUGAAAGACGUAGGAAGGAAUCAGCCCCUGGACACAGCCCUACUGCCAGAGAACAGAGGGAAGAACCGAUACAACAACAUCCUUCCCUACGACUCGACCCGUGUGAAGCUGUCCUAUGUGGAUGAUGAUCUGUGCUCUGACUAAAUCAACGCUAGCUACAUUCCUGGGAACAACUUCCGUAGGGAGUACAUCGCCACUCAGGGCCCACUUCCAGGAACCAAAGAUGACUUCUGGAAGAUGGUGUGGGAGCAGAAUGUCCAUAACAUUGUCAUGGUGACCCAGUGUGUGGAGAAAGGCAGGGUGAAGUGUGAUCACUACUGGCCCUUCGACCAGGAACCUCUGUAUUAUGGAGACCUCAUAGUCCAGAUGCUGUCUGAAUCUGUGCUGCCAGAGUGGACUAUCCGGGAAUUCAAGAUUUGCAGUGAGGACCAGUUGAACUACUCCAGGGUGGUGCGUCAGUUCCACUACACAGUGUGGCCCGACCAUGGCGUCCCAGAGACCACUCAGUCACUCAUCCAGUUCGUCAGGACCGUCAGGGACUACAUCAACAGGACCCCUGGGUCUGGGGCCACUGUGGCUCACUGCAGUGCUGGUGUGGGCCGUACAGGGACCUUCAUAACCCUGGACAGAGUCCUGCAGCAGCUGGACACCAAGGACACAGUAGACAUCUACGGCGCUGUCUUCGACCUGCGCCUCCACCGCUCACACAUGGUGCAAACUGAGUGCCAGUAUGCAUAUCUCCACCAGUGUAUGAGAGACGUCCUCCGAGCCAGGAAGCUUCGCAGUGAGCAGGAGAACCCCCUCUACCCCAUCUAUGAGAAUGUCAACCCUGACCCCCAAAGUGAUAUGGUGUAUGCCAGACGUUAAAGAUUGUAAGGACUACUGAAGGAGAGAAAACUGUUUGUACUUUCACAAGAAUAGCACUGCAGGGAUACAUGGCAAUUAAAAUGUUCUACUAUUUCUGUUGAUUGUUCUUACCAGAUAUUAUGAAAUAUAGAACACUUUAUAGCUAUUAAAUUAUAACAGAAUAUAUAUUAACAGAAUUGUAUAUACUUGCCUUAUAUCUGUGUGUUUGUAUAUAUGCUUUGAAUUUGCGUUAUUGGCUUUCAUACAGUGUUUUCAUUUUGUUUGUUAAGCUGUCAUUUGCACAUUAUUACAUGGCACAGACCAAAAACCUGUAAAAAAAGAACUGUAAAAAAUCUGAUACUGCAUAAGAAAUGAUCUAACAGUAUAUACAGUAAAUGUAUAGGCUAUUUUAUCUUUCACAAGUCACUUUUUUCUCAAAUGUUAGACAAAAUGCUUUCUGUUUGAAAUUACACUUAUUUUCUUAAGCACUGAAUUCAUUCAAAAAUAUAUUAAAUAUGUAUGUAGAUAAAUUCAUUAUACAUUUAUUUGUAGAUAUUGUACAGCCCAUGCGAUAUAUCGCUUGAAUAUAACAUUUGGAAAAGCAUUUAGUCAUGCAAAAGGAUGAUCAUAUGAGUUAUGAAAGCACACAGUGUAUGUUGUGUAAUCCAUAUUUGUAUGUAGCCUAUGUAAGAUAAUAAUGAUUUUGAUGUAUAUUUGAUGUAUUUUAACAUAUCAUUUGAUGUAUUUUAACAUCAUGUCAU